AUUAAAGCUAGAGGUUUCAGAGCUACGAAGACGCCCAGCCUGCCCGCAGCCCAGGCACCGGCAGGUACCGGCACCUUCCAAGAGGGUCAUUUCAAAAGCCAGAUAGAAACGGAAUGAGAAGGCUGGGAAACUAGUACAGCGCAGCACUUUGAAAAUCACUCUCCAUUUCAUUCCGACGGACGCCGGGGGAGGUUACACCCAGGCAUCACCACAGCGUCUCACCCCACUGAAUAUUAACUGAUUUCAGCCUUCUCUACUUAGCGAGAUUAUGGAAGAUCUAGAGGAAACAUUUGAAGAAUUUGAGAACUAUUCCUAUGUCCUGGAAAAUGACCUCCUGGAGCCUGAUUUGGAGGAGAAAGUCCACCUGGGAGUCAUCCACUGGAUCUCCCUGGUGUUAUAUUGUUUAGCAUUUGUCCUGGGAAUUCCAGGAAAUGCCAUUGUCAUUUGGUUCACAGGAUUCAAGUGGAAGAAGACAGUCACCACUCUCUGGUUCCUCAAUCUGGCCAUUGCAGAUUUCAUUUUUGUUCUGUUCCUGCCCCUGUACAUCUCCUACAUGGUCAUGAAUUUCCACUGGCCCUUUGGCAUCUGGUUGUGCAAGGCCAAUUCCUUCAUUGCCCAGUUGAAUAUGUUUGCCAGUGUAUUUUUCCUUACAGUGAUCAGCCUGGACCGCUAUAUCCACCUAAUCCAUCCUGUCCUGUCUCAUCGGCACCGAACCCUGAAGAACUCCCUGAUUGUUAUCAUAUUCAUAUGGCUUUUGGCUUCUCUCAUUGGUGGUCCUGCCCUAUACUUCCGGGACACGGUGGAGUUCAACAACCACACUAUUUGCUAUAAUAAUUUCCAUGAGCUUGAUCCUGACCUCAACUUAAUGAGGCACCAUGUUCUGACCUGGGUGAAGUUUAUUGUUGGGUAUCUCUUCCCUUUGUUAACAAUGAGUGUUUGCUACUUGUGUCUCAUCUUCAAAGUGAAGAAGCGGAGCAUCUUGAUCUCCAGUAAGCACUUCUGGACAAUCCUGGCUGUGGUCCUGGCCUUUCUGAUUUGCUGGACUCCGUAUCACCUGUUCAGCAUUUGGGAGCUCACCAUUCACCACAGCAGCUCUUUCCACCAGUUGCUGCAGGCUGGAAUUCCCCUCUCCACUGCCUUGGCGUUCCUCAAUAGCUGUUUGAACCCCAUCCUUUAUGUCCUAAUUAGUAAAAGGUUCCAAGCCCGCUUCCAGGCCUCAGUGGCAGAGAUACUCAAGCAUACUCUGUGGGAAGUCAGCUGUUCUGGCACAGUGAGUGAACAGCUCAGGAACUCUGAAACCAAGAAUCUGUGUCUCCUGGAAACAGCCCAGUGACUUACUACUUUUCCACAAAUCAGUAUAAGGCUUUUGUGUGGGUCCUCUCGCAGAUGCUUUCAGAUUGAAUUGGGUUCCAAAAUAAUAGCGCUGACCAUAUUUUUGUUGUCAUUUUUUGUUUGGUUUUGGUCAGUUUAUUGGCAUUGCAUUUUGCAUGGACAUAAGACUUGGAAAGAAUCCGUCCGCAUAAUUUUUUCCUGCCACUUAACUGAUCUGCAUCAUUCUUACUGAAUAUACCACUGCAGACUAGUCACUGCUGCUAAAGUAAUAUCAGUUAUUUAAAAAUAACCAGCAGGUGGUGUGGAGGUUGGGGCACUGGAUCCUACAUGGUCGA